AGUCGGACCGUAUUUCUGAAAUGUUCUUCCCGAUCUUCUUUUCUCCAUCCUCCUAUCAUCACAAAAUCACCUCACCUCGCGGCCCUCCAGGCGACCCCGCGGGCAGGCCGUCGCUCCUUCCUCCCAGGCCCGGGUCGCCGUGCGCCUCCAGGUCUCGCGCGGUCGCGGCAACAUCAAACGAACCCUCUUCGCCUGGCCGCGCCGCCGAACACAUCUCCAAGCCUCCCUCCCACCGAAGCACGCCACCUCGAUUUCUUGUUUCGUAGUCGCUGUCCUCAGAUCCACCCGGACUUGAAUUGAUUUCUUCUUUUGUCGGAUCAUGGGAUAGAUUCUCCAAUAGGUCCAGAUUAUUGUGGAUUUCGUUGCUGCGUGGUCGAAUUCUGAACCCCCCCAAGGCCACGUUAAUCUGCCCUUGUGUGUCUCGAUUUGCGGCAUAGUUUUUCGCUUGGAAGGGGACAUGGUGAUUAGUAACAGUGCGAUGCCCCGAAAACAUGAGAUCCCACCUGCCUAUUGAUUAAGUUCCAGGCUUUUGUGCUGUUCUUCGCAGUGUCAUUACUAGACAAAAUGGUUUCCUUCGAGAUGAAUGACCUCAAGAAGAUUGGGCUUGGCCUGACAGGCUUUGGAAUAUUCUUCUCCUUUCUGGGAAUCAUUUUCUUCUUUGACAAGGGGCUUAUCGCAAUGGGCAAUAUUCUCUUCCUGUCAGGUUUGGGUUUGACAAUUGGUAUGAGAUCAACUAUGCAGUUCUUCACCAAACCUAAAAAUUACAAGGGUACAAUCUCAUUUGGCGCUGGCUUUUUCCUGGUUCUAAUUGGGUGGCCCUUUUUUGGCAUGCUCUUAGAGGCAUAUGGCUUUAUUGUACUCUUCAGUGGAUUCUGGCCAACACUUUCAGUGUUCUUGCAGAGGAUUCCUAUCAUUGGCUGGUUUUUUCAACAACCGUUUGUGACAUCGUUCCUUGACCGCUACAGAGGAAAACGGGUUCCAGUCUAGCAUCCUUUUGCUCUAUGUUACUUGUGAUGUAGCAACUGAUGGUUUUUAGCGACAGUACCAAAAUGGUUAUGCAGGCGUCUGGUCCUUAUUUUUUUUCUUUAUGUGUUUAGUUACUGAUAGGACUGUUUGUAAAUUACACCCCGAAGCCCAAGUUUGAUGUUGUUGUCAAGAUCAAGAUGCAAAUUCACCCAUGAAAUGGACUGGAGAAACUUGUUCCUUUU